AUGGAGGUGAUGAUAACGACCUUCGAGUUCCAAUCAGCAUUCCGGAUCUGUGAAGGACUGGGAAACAUCUAUCCCAAGACCGGCGAGAACCGAGUAGAUGUGCUCUGGAAAACCAUGCUCGCUGGCGGGCGAGGGAACCAACUUCCGGAGCCAGGAGACCCGAAGAAGAUUUUCUUUGAUUGGACAGCUGUGAUGUUCAUGGUGUGUCUCCUCCAAAGAUGGGACCAAAAGGAAUCCGACGAUGACUUCCAAAAAGACAUGAUCGUCCUUGAAAAACUGGGUUCAAACGGCGCCCAACCUUUGCUGCCAACCAGAGACCAGAUUAAUGCCAGGGCUAAUAUCUGGACAGAGACUCAGCAAAUGCAUUUCAAAACGGAUGAUGAACGUUUGAAAUUUGCGCUAGAGGAUGGCGGUACUCCAAUUUUUGGACGUAUAUUGGCAAUGAAUGGGGGUGGAAGACGCCUUUACCGAACAGCCAAAGGUCUCUUCGGACUUGGGCCAGGAUCCGUGAAGAAGGACGAUGAAGUUUGGCUGAUCAAGGGCGCCAGAGUUCCCUUCAUACUGCGCGGUUGCCCAGGGAAGAAAGAUCACAGGCUUGUUGGCGAGACGUACAUUCAUGGGUAUAUGAAUGGCGAAAUGCUGGAUGCUGUCAGCGGAAAAAUCGUCCCCGUCGGGCUGAUCUGA